AUGUCGAGCCCUAUGGCAUUGAGGCCAUUAGCCUCUGCCUACGAAAGCCCUACUUUUGGCGAAGAUAGCUCAUUUCAUGUUGAGCAGCCUAUUGGGUCAAUGUCAAUAUCUCCGUGUGGCAGAGAUGUUGUGCUCGCUUCAAAGGAAGGUCUUCAUAUAAUUGACCUGGAUAAUCCUUACUCCCCUCCUCGAUAUCUCCCUCACCAUACUCCUUGGGAAGUGGCAGAUGUUCAAUGGUCCCCCUUCGCCGCAAGAGACAGUUGGGUUGUGAGCACUUCCAAUCAGAAGGCAUUGGUUUGGAACCUGGCAAUGAAAUCGGCACAGAAUUCUAUUGAAUACGUCCUACAUGCGCAUUCUCGAGCCAUCACAGAUAUAAACUUCUCCGCCCACCAUCCGGAUGUUCUCGCCACUUGCGCGGUGGAUAGUUUUGUUCACUGUUGGGAUCUACGGUCUCCAGCCAGGCCUGCAGUAUCGUUCUCCGACUGGUUUGCCGGUGCGACACAGGUUAAAUGGAAUAGACAAGACCCGCAUGUGAUUGCAAGUUCUCAUGAUAGAUUCCUCCGGAUUUGGGAUGAUCGAAAGGGUGCUCAUCCAAUACGUACAAUUGUGGCGCAUAACACGAAAAUCUACGGUCUCGAUUGGAACAGGACCCGUCCUGAAGCGUUGGUGACUUGCUCCUUGGAUAAAACCAUUAAAUUUUGGGAUUAUUUAGCUGAGGAGGACAUCCCCGAAAAAGUAAUACACACGCCUUUCCCUGUUUGGCGAGCCAGACAUACGCCGUUUGGAUGGGGAGUUCUUGCCAUGCCGCAACGUGGAAAUAGUGACUUACAUCUUUAUACCCGGGAGAGAACUUAUGAUGGGGGUUCUUCACGAGUUCAUAGUUUUCCGGGUCAUAGAGGCCAAGUCAAGGAGUUUCUCUGGAGAUCUAGAGGGACUGUUAUUGACGGCCUAGAUCACCGUGAAUUCCAACUUGUCUCCUGGGGCACAGAUAAGGAGCUGCGAUUGCAUCGAGUGGACCCGGAAAUUUUAGCAGGAGUGGGCUAUGAAAUGGGAAAGUCCUUUAAUCCCUUGCUGAACCUCACGCGGAAAGGCGCUGUCUAUAAAACAUUCCGCAACGACCCGAGACUGGAAGACAAUGCAGUGCAACAGGAGACUACCCCGGACGCCCAACUAUCAGGACACAGUAGAUCGGCGUCCGCCAUUGGCCUGAGUCCUAGCAAUGUUUCCAUGCCUUACUAUAGCAAUUGGACCCGAGGGGGAACAAUGGCAUCUCCAGUUGGAAUGCAAGCGAAAUCCGCUCUUUGUGCUGACAUGAAUCCUAUUUCUUGGAUGCGAGGUGUUAAGAUCUCGGGAUGGGAAGUGGAAACACUAGGCGACGAAAUUACGCAUGUUGGUGAGAAAUUUACGAAGGUUUCUUUCGAGUCUGUGAACAUCGGGCAACGGAAAACGACAGUUUCUAUGCAUGGACCUUGGGGCCCUGACAAUAGUAGCCUUUUUGUAAAGGUUGACAUCAAAUUCCCGCCUGGCUAUCCGCGAGCCUCGAUCCCUGUGUAUAGCGUACAGAAGACUAGUUCAGUGACCAGUCAGUUGGCCUCGACAAUAACGUCAGGAUUACGAGCCAUUUCCAAAACAUACCUCACUCAAAAGAGAGGGUCACUUGAAGGGGCCAUUCGAUACCUCUUAGGUGAACAUUCCGUCGAGGAGAGCAUAGCGUUGGUACAACGACAGGCCCGGGAAGCUUUGAAAUCACCAGAUAUUUUAGGUGCGGAUGAAUCAAGUGAUGAAGAUGAAGAAAACGGGCAAUUCCGCGUCUCGCAACUCGGGUUGAGUUCUUCCGAGCUUCUCCGUCCGGCAAAUGCAAAUGUAAUGGUGCCAGUUUCUAGAACGUGCGGUGCUCUUUGGGCCAACGAUGGACGGCUUUUGUGUUUCUUCCCCCCUAAAAAGGAGAAAGCUGCCUCUUUUAUGGGCUCCGUGGGACUCAGUGACCUGAGGCUAGUGCGAAACGAUAGAGUUUUCGAGGGCUUCGGCAGACUGCAGACUAGCUCCCCGGGUCCGAAGCGAUCUAGUGGGGUUGGGACAGGUAGGGGAACUAUUACAGACGAUGGCACCUCUGAUUACUCGGACGAUUCUUCUAUUGUGUCUUCUAGCUCGUCGGGCUCAUCGGAUCUCCUAGGAAACCACCAUACCCAAUUCCAUGGGCCAAACACCUGGAAAAGUGGAAGUUUGGGAUUCUAUCACUCAAGGUCAACGGAAAAUUCCCAAAGGUCUACAACCGGGGUUGACACAGUGAAGUCAUCAUCAGACAAGCCCCACAACAUAAUAUACAUAUAUGAUUUCAGCGAACUUCUUCCUGCCAAGAGAGAGUUAGCGAAAUUGUAUCAGGUGUUUGGUAGUCGCCCGGACGUUUGUUUGCAUAAUAUGGUCGCUGCAGCUAGCCUAGGUAGUUUUGACCUUGCCAAUGUUUGGAAUUUGAUCGGAUUAAUAUUGCAACACGAUAUCCCGCCUGAUACCGUCGUCAUGGGGGAUGACAUUGUCGUGAUUGCACACAAAACCUUGCGAGAUGUGAAACGAAAAGACAGUACCGUAGAUUUAAGUUUCGGUAAGCCUAAACGGAGGAAAUCUUCCAUCAGUCCUCUUCCAGACAAAAUCGAAUGGGGAGAGCAUCCUCUUGGUGGCCGUUGGCUUGUCCCAGCCCUAUUCAACUAUUUUGAGCGUUUGGGAGAUAUACAGAUGUUAGGGAUGCUCUCAUGCAUUUUUUACGAACCAGAGUUUAAGUCGGAUCCAAUCCAAGUGGGAUUUCGCGGGGACGGACGGUCUUCCGUUGUAUUGGAAAACUCAGCGUUGACCACGGAUCACAACUCACCAUCAGGAGACUCCCAAGGGAAACCUCAGAUAUCGUCACGACUCACAUCACUACCUAAGGAUUCCCACGUCACUUCAACUUCUCAUAGCUCUGCUUGCUCAUCAACGUCGCAGUGGCAAGUGGACACACCGCCAGUCUACUCAACCGGAACGACUCCUCCUCAAGGAGUUCACCUAAACAGGCAUCCCUCGGCUCGAAAAUCACAGGCCCAAGGUAUCUCUUUAUCUGGAUCGCCUGACCGUCAUUCUACUUCCCGCUCUAUUUCUGGUUUAGGCACCACGCUGGCCUCGUCACUAUCGCGGUCUUUUACAUUUGGUCCUUCAGGAUCAUCUUCACCUCCAAGUAACAGCAGCAAAAAGCGACCUAGUCCUGUAGGAAGUUUGAACAUGACUGCCCCCAGUGGCUGGGUGACCAGUGGAAUAUUUGCAAAACCUGCAUCAUCAAUCCCAGACUACUUAACCGCUUCAACCACUACUACAUCACAAACUCAUUCCGACUCCGAAAGUUCCAGACCUACCUCGCCAAAGUCCUCCAAACCCAUGAAAGGUGUUAAAGUGGUGAUGAAAAACCAAGAUAUGUUUGAUGGGGAUAAUCAUACCUACGUCCCAUUGUUAGAUCAGAGCCAGGAACCUCUUUACAAAGCCUACCGAGCUGCGUAUGCUAAUUUACUUUUCGUUUGGGAUAUGCCAGUAGAGCGCAGGGAAGUGCUCAAGAUGGAUAGUAUUUCAAGCAACCGUCCGGACAUGUCUCUUCUAUCUCGCCCAAAAGGUUAUGAAAAGCAAACGUCAGUCUUUCCUCGUCGCGAUUCAAAGAUAUCACCAUCAACUCGCUCUCAAGUAACACAACCUCAUGAGGAAAACCAGGGUUUGGAUUUACAACGGCAUUGCGGGAGAUGCGGAUACUGUCUUCAUAUUUCUGCUUUCGCCAUGCAUUCGCUGGGGAAAGCUAGUCGAGCCAGUAAAACCCGUGACGAUUCGUUUUCAAUCCAGUGCCCCCGCUGCAAACCUGCACAGCCGAUACCCACAAAGAUGUCCUGCGUUAUUUGCGACGAAGUAGUUAUUGGAAUGUUCACUCCAUGCUUCAAUUGCGGACACAUAACCUGUCACGAAUGCCACCAGAAAUGGAUCACCCCACAAUCUCAGACAGCUGAAGGAGAAACAAACACGCCAUCCUGCCCAAGUGGCUGUGGCUGCAUUUGCUCGGACCACGUCGUCAUCCAGCUCCCUAUGCCUUUGUCUCCGAACACAGUAGCAUCAGAGAGGAAACUUGUCAUCACAAAGGAAUCUAACCGAAGUCGAUCUCAGCCCCCGCGCAGAGAUCGUCGGCGCAGCAGCGGAUUUUCAACCGGCUAUUUCGACUUCAAACGAGAUGGCGAACCUGAUGUCCGGACCAGCUUCCGCUUUGCCUCUCUUGCGCGUGGGUUAAGCGGUCUUAACCUCGAUCUUCAUCAGAGGAAACAGGCGGCGAGAAAAUACAACAGUCGUGCGGCUGAAUAG